AUGUAUAUCAAGUUAGCAGUUGCUUCGCUUGUGGCCUCUGGCGCAACGCUAGGGUCUGCCGCGACCAGCAAGCCAAAGCUUUCGGCAAAUGCCCAAAGUCUAUUCGACUUCUCUAUGGGGGUCCAGGACUCCAGAUGGGACGACUCGUACAACCUUAUUUGGUACCAAGACAAGGGUCCGUGGUCCGUCCGCUUCACAGCUUGGUACACAGCGGGUCUGCUCCAUCGCAAUGAGGGCGACGACGUGGAGAACGCAAAGGCGGCGAUUGAGAACAUUCUGGCGAGCCAGAUGACCUCAGACUACGAAUCGGCGUGGUAUGGCACUUUCAAGCUGUCGCCCGACGAGCCGGACCCGACGCCGGACUCUGAGCUGUAUCCUCCUAAGAUCUAUACUACUUACGACCCCAACUGGAGAGAAUUCAUAGGGACUCAGUUAGUACAAGACGUCGAACUCUACUCCGAUCUCCUGGGCGCAGACCUCGUGAAGAAAAUCGAAGAUGCGCUCGAGAUUCAAGCCAUUGGCGCAAUGAGGCGCAACGGCAGCUACCCCGAAGGCGAUAACCUCAUCCUCGGAUACUCCAACCCAGGCCUCAUGCGCGCCCUCACAGUAGGCUGGAUCGGCGCCCGCCGCAACAACGCAACCUUUACCAACUUUGCAAACACCCAAGGGUCCCAGCUGCUGGAACUCUUCAAGUCCAACGGCUCGAAUACUCUCGGUGAGUACAACGCGCCAAACUACUACGGCAUGGACGUCUGGGCUCUGGCCGCCAACAUCGCUUACGGCCCGCGUAACGCAACCCUGACCAAGAAUGCCGAGUACAUCCUCACGAAGCUGUGGGAUGACAUUGCAGCGCACUAUAACCCCUACCUCGGUAACCUCGUGGGCCCUUAUGACCGCGCUUACACCCGCGACAUGACCAAGCACUCGUCAAUUCUGCCCAUGUACUGGUGGGCCGUCUUUGGGCGCGAAUACGGGCCCCAGCCGCCCAAGGGCGAGGGCGAUUUGCUCUUCGAUGCAGCGCAGGGCGCCGCGAUUGCGCUGGUUUCCGACACAGUGGCCCGGCACAUCUCCAACGGCACCGCGGCGGCGCUCAGGGCGAAGGGUCCCUGGGCCGGCGAGCGCAGCAUCACGCGCGAGGUUAAGGAGAAGCUGAAUUCGGACGCCACGCGCACGACGACGUCGUGGGUUAGCGCGCCGCUCAUGAUCGGCGGACAGGAGCUCGCGGAGACCAAGAACCGCGGAGAUCAGUUCGUGCCGGCGAUCGUGCACUGGGCUUCGGACCCGUCGCACACGCCGUACCCGUACAUCGGUUUCUUCCUGCUGUACCCUUCCGCGUCGACCAUCUCGGCCGUGGCGGGCGAGAGGUCGCUCAGCGUGUCAUAUCCGAACAGCACGCAGGAGGGCUCUGAUAUUUUCACUUUUGCGCUGUCUGGGAUUCCGCCUUCGUGGACGCUGGGCGGGAAGACGAUUACCGGAUUGGAGGAGCUGCCGUGCCUGAGCGUUAAUGUUUCGGCCCCGGGGUUGGACAAGUUGCCAAUUUCUUAUGGGCAGCAGUUGAGGAAUCACUGGUAUUAUAAUGUGUCGUACGCGGUUCCUGCUGGAUUUGAGGGUGUUCCCCGGGUUGAUCUGACGAUGGAGUAUACUUGCGACAUCUGA